CCGAUGCUUCAGGUUUUAUGAAAUCCCGAAGCUCAAAUUCACCAUUAAAAAUUUUUUUGAAGGGGUUUUAUUCUCAAAAUUCGACUCAAAAAUUCAGUCUUCCCCCGUUCGAAAAAGAAAAUGUAAUUCUUGCGACCGGAAAAUUUCGUGUAGUUGAAUAUAUAAAUGAAAAAAAUGAAAAUCUUUCCGCCUUAAAA